AUGGCGGGAAAGGCGGCCACCGCAGCCUCAGCCGCGGCGUCGGAGAGCAAAAUCUACGGCGAAUCGGAUGGUUGCUGGAGAAAGGAACUCGACCAGAACCUCAAGCGGCUCCAGUCGCUGUUGUUCGGCGCGGACGCGGCUCUAGAGAAGGGGGAUUUUAGCUCGGCUCAGAUGCUAUCUCUCGGUCUUAUCGGUUUCCUCGACUCGCGCUCCCAAUCCGCGGAGGACGAGGCCUUGAUUCGCCCCAUCCGGCGCGAAGCCGUUUCCAAGCUGAGCUUGUCUCGGCGUGCCUUGAUUCCUGAGUCCGAUCGACAAGCUUUUGUGCAAGCUAGCAAAGUUCCGAGCUGCAUAUUCAAAAAGAGAGGCGACAUGGACAUACAGAAGGUUAAGGAGUCCAAGUACUUUCGUACUCUAUUUCAGAAGUCCUCUGAACAAACCACAGGUGGACCGAGACAACUUGACAAGCAGGACAAUUCAAAGACUUCAAAGACUCUCGUACAGUCAAAACUGACAUCCUUGUAUGGAAAUGGUUCUAAAGAAAAUAACAAAAGUUUCACGAAAGAUAAGGUUUCGGAGGAUUGUGUCGUUACUGAAAGAGGUCCCUCAAGUUGCAAUGAUCCCAAUAAUCAUUCCGUGCUUACCACUUGUAAACCUGAGGAGGAUGACGAGGUCCGUGUGGUUAAUUUUAAAACAAGAAGGUUACAUAGAAACUCUUUCAGCCCUAGAAACGAAUUCACAAAAUCCCCAUCUAUGAUUGAAGAAGUUGAUGUGGAUGCUUCCACUAACGGGUUUGUUACUGCUAGAGCAAAACUGGAAAUGGAGGCCAGACAAAAGCGAGGCUUAGCUGGGUCGCCAAGUGCAUCCGUCUCACCACAAAGUGAUGCAGGAACUAACAAGGGUUAUGGGGCCAGAUCUUAUGGUUUUUCUCGUCGAGGAGUGAGAGGUAAUUUUGUUCCUCCUAUAAGAUCCAAUGGAAGUAACGUGGGCAAUGUGGUUUCACGAACUGGGGGGAAGGGAGACGAUGCACCAGAUGAUUCAACUAAAAGAUGUUUGGAGUUACUCUGUGGCCCUGAUGGUGAGCUUCCUGAAAAGUUGAGAAAUCUAGAGCCACGGCUUAUUGAGCAUGUCAGCAACGAGAUAAUGGAUAGGGAUCCGAAUGUCCGGUGGGAUGACAUUGCUGGACUAGAGCAUGCCAAAAAAUGUGUGACUGAGAUGGUAAUAUGGCCUUUGCUGCGUCCUGACAUAUUCAAAGGUUGCCGUUCUCCUGGCCGUGGUCUUCUCCUUUUUGGUCCUCCUGGAACUGGUAAAACAAUGAUAGGAAAAGCAAUAGCUGGAGAGGCCAAAGCAACUUUUUUCUAUAUAUCGGCCAGUUCUUUGACAAGUAAAUGGAUAGGUGAAGGUGAAAAGCUUGUUAGAGCUCUUUUUGGUGUAGCUAGCUGUCGCCAGCCUGCUGUGAUAUUCGUGGAUGAAAUAGACUCUCUUCUGUCUCAGCGGAAAUCGGAAGGUGAACAUGAAUCUAGUCGACGAUUAAAGACACAAUUCCUCAUUGAAAUGGAAGGCUUUGACAGCGGGGCAGAGCAGAUUCUACUAAUAGGUGCAACUAAUAGGCCUCAAGAACUUGACGAGGCCGCAAGGCGACGACUCACAAAGAGACUGUACAUUCCACUUCCCACUUCAGAAGCAAGAGCUUGGAUCAUAAAGAACCUGCUGGCGAAAGAUGGAUUGUUUAACCUUUCGAAUGGAGAUACCGAUACUAUAUGCAAAUUAACUGAAGGAUACUCGGGAUCUGAUAUGAAGAAUUUGGUCAAAGAUGCUUCAAUGGGCCCACUGAGAGAGGCUCUGAAACAGGGUAUUGAGAUAACUAAGCUGCAGAAGGAGGAUAUGAGGGCAGUAAAUCUUCAGGACUUUGAGCUAGCAUUACAAGAGGUGAGGCCUUCUGUCUCACUCAGUGAACUCGGCACGUACGAAAAGUGGAACGAGCAAUUUGGGAGCUUAUCGUUGUAA